AUGCAAGGGGAGUUCAGUGGUCUUAAAACUCUUAUUUUGAAUGAGAAUCCAUCAGCUUUUUAUGUUCAUUGUUUUGCUCACCAACUUCAACUUGAUCUUGUAGCUGUCGCAAAGAAACAUAUUCUAGUUGCUUAUCUUUUUAGUGUGGUAACUAUGGUGAUAAAUGUCGUUGGAUGUUCUUCUAAGCAUUGUGAUAUUCUUAGAGAAAAGCAAGAUGUUAUUAUUUCUGAAGCACUCAAGUGUGGUGACAUUUCAAGUGGAAGAGGGCUAAAUCAAGAAACCAAUCUUAAACGUAUUGGUGAUACUCAUUGGGGUUCACAUUAUGCUACAUUGGUAAGCUUGAUUAACUUAUUCUCCCCUAUAGCUAAUGUUCUUCAAAUAAUAGUAGACGAUGGCCGAGCAAACUCUGAACCAAGGUUUGAAGCAAGUAAUUUAUUGUCUUUGAUGUUAACAUUUGAUUUUAUAUUCAGUCUACAUUUAAUGAAAGCAUUGUUGGGAAUAACAAAUGAAUUGUCAAAAGCACUACAGAGAAAAGAUCAAGAUAUUGCAAAUGCCUUGAAAUUAGUGGAAAUUUGCAAGAAAAUAUUACAAGCAAUGAGAGACAAUGAAUGGGAUUCCUUUCUUAAUCAUGUCUCAACCUUUUGUGCUAAAUAUAAUGUGGAUGUUCCUGAUAUGGAUGAUACAUUUGUUGCCCAAGGUCAUUUACGGCGCAAAACUCAAGAAAUGACAAAUUUACAUCACUAUCGUGUGGAAUUCUUUUUUGUUGUUAUUGAUAUCCAACUUCAAGAGCUAAAUGAACGUUUCAAUGAGUUUGUCCGGUUUUCUGAGUAUUAUCCCAAAGAUUUUUCUACUUUUGAGCUUAUGAUACUCGAUGAUCAACUUGAAACUUACAUUAUUGAUGUACGUUCUACUAAGAAGUUCUUGGGUUUAAAAAGUAUUGGCGAUCUUGCUCAAAAAAUGGUCGAGACAAAGAAAAAUAUUGUCUAUCCAUUGGUGUAUCGACUUAUUACAUUGGCAUUGAUUCUACCUGUUGUUACUGCUACAGUGGAAAGAGUAUUUUCUUCUAUGAAUAUUUUGAAAAAUAGAUUGCGUAAUCGAAUGGGAGAUCAAUGGAUGAAUGAUUUUUUACUUGUGUACAUUGAAAAAUACAUCUUCAAUAGCCUUGACAAUGAGGUUAUCAUGCAACGAUUUCAAAACAUGAAAACCCAUUGA